AUGAACGCCUACGCCCAGCGCGGGCAUCUACGUCGGGCGCUGAGUCUCUACGCGCGCAUGAAGGAGUGGCGGGUACGGCCAUCAGCCCACACGUUCUCCAUCCUCUUCAACGCCUACGCCAACCUGGCCCAGCCUUCGCCCUCCUACCUGCCCAAGCUCAAGCAACUCAAGGACCAGGAGAUGCCCAAGUACGGAGUGGUGCCGUCGGUGGAAAUCUACAACGUGCUGCUGAAGGCCUACCUCGCUCUGGACCCGGAGAAGAGCCACCAGGAGCUCAAGAGCGUGAUCGCCGAGAUGCAGGAGUACAGGCUCAAGCCCGACGCCAUCACUUACACCCUGUGGAUGGCCACCGCCGCACGAGGCAUUGCCAACAAUCCGAAGGCGACGGUCGACGUGGCCGCCGCGUUCGAGGUGUGGGACGAGAUGAAGAAGAACCGCGUCCAUCCCAACCUGCGCGGAUACAACGAACUGCUCAAGAUCUGCAAUGAGGGAUCGUCCGAGGACCGCGACAUCGCCUUUGAGUUGUACAAGGAGAUGCUGGUCGAAGGGGUCACGCCCGACCACCACACGUUCGACAUUCUGCUCAUGACGUGCUGGAAGCAACGCAAGUUUGAACUUGCCAACGAGCUCUUUGACAAGGCCGUGCAGCUCAACGCCGACAACAAGGGAAAGCUGGUGGAGCUAGACACGCAUCUGUGCAACUCGGCGUUGAGGGUAUGCACCAGGAAUGAAGGCAAGAGGGGGCCGGGCCGCAAGAGCGGAAGCGCGGAAGCCAAUCAAUACCUCCUCGACGUCAUCUCCAAGAUCACGAAGGUGAUGUUCCGCAAGCACUUGCCCUACGACGAGGAGACCUACGCGCUCCUCAUUUCGGCCUACACUCGAGCGGGCGCCAAGGAAAAGGCGACGAGCACCUUUGCCGACAUGCAGUCCAAGGGCCAGGUGCGGAUCUCCAAGAAGACCAUCGGCGCGCUGCUUGUGACGUGCAGAGAGAGUAAUGACGUAGAGGAGGUGAAGAAAGUGAUGGACCUGGCAAAGGACCGACGCGUGCGACUGACGGACUCGAUGGUGGAGGAGGCCAAGACCAUCUUCAUCAAGAACAAGCGCUACCAGGAGUGGACGCGGGUCGAGCGCGACCUCGCCGAGUGGCUGCCCACCGCCACAGCCGACUAUGCCACGAAGGGCAAAAGGCGAGCGAGCGCGGUCGAGGGCGGUGACGAAGAUGAUGAAGAUGACAUCAACAACGACAUCGAGGCCGCCAGUGUCAGCAAGCACCCCAAGGCAACAACGAGGAGGUCGUCGUCGGCCUUUGGCAAGCCGGCCCGGCCCGGCCCCUAUGCGGAGGGAAGAAGCGGCAGCAGGGAGAGGGCUAGAGAAGAAGGACCACGACGGCCAGAGGGAGGUGAAGAGAGCGCGAGGCAAGAAAGAAGGCGGCGAUGGAGGGAAGAACGAAGCGGAGGCGCCGGCGGCGGCGAGAAGGCGCAAAGGCGAAGCCGACCCGGCCGGGAACCCAAAGAUCGAGUCUCCGCGAAGAACUACUACAAGGACACGCGGGUGAAGUCGCCGUCGGCCACAGGCAGGAAGAGCUUCGGCGGUGCGCCUAAACCCCACGCCGGCCGGAGGAAGUCACCGCCCUCCUCUCUCGCCCGUAAUGAGGACUAG